CAGCGGAACUGUGGAACAGCGGAACAGCGGAACAGCGGAACUGUGGAACAGUAGAACAGUAGAACAUUGUCGGAACUGGAAGCACAAGCAUUUCGCUACACUCGCAUUAACAUCUGCUAACCAUGUCCGUCCCAUCAGAGCACCACUACUACACUGACAAACAGGAUUUCUCUGAAUCUCGCGGCUACUCGUGGACCCCCACGAACCGUCGUCCGGAGAAGCUCCGUGAUUCGCUCGAGAAGCUUGAGGAGCUGUUACAGACAAACUCAGUUGUUCACUCCAGAUGGAAGAGCAAGCAUUGCUGCCAGCUCAUGCUGAGCAGUGGGGUACUGGUGACCCUGGCCCUAAAUGGACCCCAGCUGGACCGUGUGUGUGUGGACCGGACACUUGUGGGUCGUCUGCCCGCCAACACUGUCAGUGAUGGCCCCUUCAGGGACCCCAGACAGGGUCUCCAGACAGGGUCUCCAGACAGGGACCCCAGACAGGGACUCCAGACAGGGACUCCAAACAGGGACUCCAGACAGGGACUCCAGACAGGGACUCCAGACAGGGUCUCCAACAU